CAUUUCUUUCUUCAGUCACCUAGCGAACCUCGAAGCGUGAGGUCGUUUUUUUAAGCUCCGCCAAAAGAAUUAAACAAAGUAAAUAAGGCUUGAAAAGCACGCACGCAUGCGCAAAGCAAAGGAAGGAGAGGAAAAGAAAAAAAGUAAAAGAAAGUGCGCACAAAAAUAAAAACAAACAAAUCGCGCUUAAGGAAUACGAGAAUUGUUAUUUUGUUACCCAACCACGUUCCAUCUAAAAUUGGUCGGGCCAGCGACCUAUUUGUCUAUAUAUUUCGUACAUAAGACCCAUAUAGAUAUUACCAUCCGAUUCCGAUACAGAAAAUGAGCUCGGCGAUCGUUGGAGCCGCCUCGGCAAUCGGAGGAGCGGUCACCGCGGCCACCAGCAACAGUUGGUUCAUCCCGAUGCUGAUGGCAGCGGUUGCCUACUUCCAGUACGAGGAGAUCAUCGAUCCGGAAUCGAAGCCGAGUGAUAUCGGGGGAGACGAUAUCCUCGAUCACUACGACUUCAUAGUCAUAGGAGCUGGAUCGGCGGGGGCGGUGGUGGCGAAUCGCCUCACGGAGGUGGAGAACUGGAACGUGCUCCUCUUGGAGGCCGGCGGCGAUGAAACGGAACUCACGGACGUGCCUCUUAUGGCUGGGUAUCUCCAGCUCUCGAAGAUCGAUUGGCAGUACAAGACGGAGCCCUCGGGAACCUCGUGUUUGGCCAUGCAAGGAGGUCGUUGCAACUGGCCGCGUGGCAAGGUGCUCGGUGGAAGUUCCGUCCUGAACUACAUGCUCUACCUGCGGGGAUCCAAGCACGACUACGACAACUGGGAGGCGAUGGGGAAUCCCAGCUGGUCGUACCGCGAUGCCCUGUACUACUUCAAGAAGUCGGAGGAUAACACGAACCAGUAUCUGGCCAACACACCGUAUCAUGCGACCGGAGGUUACUUAACAGUGGGAGAGGCACCCUACCACACUCCAUUGGCGGCCAGCUUUGUGGAGGCUGGCGUGGAAAUGGGUUACGAGAAUCGGGAUCUGAAUGGCGAGAAGAUGACGGGCUUCAUGAUCGCCCAGGGAACCACGAGACGGGGAUCGCGUUGCUCCACCUCGAAGGCUUUCCUCAGACCCGCCAGAUUGCGCCCCAAUCUGCACAUUUCCAUGAACUCGCAUGUCACUCGCAUUAUGAUCGAUCCGGUGACCAAACUGGCUUUCGGUGUGGAGUUCGUCAAGGAUCAGAAGCUCUACCAUGUGAGGGCCACCAAGGAGGUGGUUCUGUCCGGUGGAUCCGUGAACAGUCCACAAUUACUGAUGCUGAGUGGCGUUGGUCCGCGAAAGGAGUUGGCCAAGCAUCGAAUUCCCCUCAUCAAGGAGCUGAGUGUUGGGGAGAACCUGCAGGAUCACAUUGGCUUGGGUGGCCUCACCUUCCUGGUGAACCAACCCGUUUCGAUUGUGGAGAAUCGCUUCCACACCAUGUCAACUGUUCUGCAAUAUGCCGUUUUUGGCCAGGGACCUUUGACCAUUUUGGGUGGCGUGGAGGGUUUGGCCUAUGUGAAUACCAAGUAUGCGAAUAGUUCACUGGAUUGGCCAGACAUUGAGUUCCACUUUGUCUCGGGAUCAACGAACUCCGAUGGUGGAUCGCAGCUGCGAAAGGCCCAUGGAUUGACGGAGGCGUUCUACAGAGCGGUUUUCGAACCGAUCAAUAAUCGGGAUGCCUGGAGCAUCAUACCCAUGUUACUAAGACCCCGCAGUGUGGGUAAUAUUCGCCUGCGGAGUGGUAAUCCCUUCGAUUAUCCCUAUAUCUUUCCGAACUACCUAACCGAUGACUUCGAUAUGAAGACCCUCAUCGAGGGUGUGAAGAUCGCGGUGGCCCUGUCCCGAACGAAGGCGAUGCAGAGAUUUGGAUCGCGGAUUUCCAGCAUCCGCUGGCCGGGAUGCGAGCAAGUGCCCCUCUUCACGGACGCCUUUUGGGAGUGUAUGGUUAGGAGGUAUACCUCCACCAUAUAUCACCCGGUGGGCACCUGCAAAAUGGGUCCCUACUGGGACAAAGACGCCGUGGUGGACGCCAAAUUGAGGGUUUAUGGCAUCCGCGGAUUGCGCGUCAUCGAUGCCAGUAUUAUGCCCAAGUUGGUGUCGGCCAACACAAAUGCCCCGGUGAUCAUGAUCGCCGAGAAGGGCAGCGACAUGAUCAAGGAGUUCUGGAUCAAGAACACCAUCGUCUGAACGAAUCUUUCAUCGUUGAGUAGUUGAACCUGGUUUUUACGAACUGAUUUCUUAACUGGUUGAAGAACCUGUUCUUUUUCACAAAAAGACUUCUCGGAAAACAAAAAGGUUCUGUAAAACCAUUGCGUUUGAAUCAGUUAAGAGUUCUCAAUGCUUUGCAGCUACUUCAUUUGUAUCUGUGAAAUCAGUCCAUAAAAACAAGGCUUUGAAAAUUGUAUGAAUGAAAAUGUGUCUGACUUUCGUGAGUGUCUUUUAUAUGUCUGAACUGAGUGUAAAUGAUUGUAUGCAUGUUUAAAUUAAGUGUCCCCAAGUUGUGUAAAUGUUUUAGAAAUAGCUGAUGACACAUCCAAAAUUAAUAAUAUUAAAUUCCGCUCCUCUUUUUUUUUUUUUUUUAAAUUAUUAUAUAAGAGUCCCCUUUUAUUUAUUUUAAUUUUACGU